UAAUGGCUAUAUAACGUGACGAGCCACCCGAAGCAUUCGCCGCAUCUCGCGCCCCGGCAUCUGCUCCGCUUCCUCUCGGCAAGCCGGCCACCGUGUCGUAGUCUCGUGGAGCGACAGAGCAAGGCGGCGGCGGCGGCGGCGGCGAGGAUGCUGGAGAGCCAGGCGGUGAUCGGGGACACGGACAUGCUGCAGGCGAUGCAGCAGGACGCGCUGCGGCUGGCCGGGAAGGCGCUGGACGACUUCGAGGCCGUCGACUCCACCGAGAUCGCCCGGUUCAUCAAGAAGGAGUUCGACCGGUCGUACGGGCCCGGAUGGCAGUGCAUCGUGGGCACCGACUUCGGGUCCUUCGUGACGCACCACUCCGGCUGCUUCAUCUACUUCGGCAUCGGCAACCUGGCCAUCCUGCUGUUCAAUGGCGGCGCCGGCGGCGCUCCUCAGGGUGGCACGGCGGAGCAGGCGCGGCUCACGGCGCUGAAGGCUGCUGUCGAGGCGUGAGGGAUCGGAAUGGCGUAGGGUAUGCAGGAUGGAUUGGUCGAAGUUAUUAUGGUUCGUGUCAUGGUGUGGCUGUGUUCCUGCCACGUCGUUUCGUGCUUGCUUGCGAGUGAGAGUGGCCAGACUCGAGUGUAGCGAUCAAACUUGGAGGACUUUAAUUGGGUCUUGUUUUUAAUUGGGUCUUGUUUCCCAAAAUCCCAACUUUGGUACUAUGCAAAAAGAAGAUUCCCCAUCA